CCCACCCCCACACCCUCACCCCAACCACGCACAUCGUAACCGGCGCCUUAAUCUUCGCCCCGAACCGUUCACCACCACCACCAUCAACAACAACAACAACGACAACAAUGCUCCCCACUCAACCCCCCGAAAAACAACGCAUCCUCCUCCUCCGCCGCGCCCCAACCGACUCCUACCCGGGCCGGUGGGAAGCCCCUGGCGGCUCCUGCGACGCCACCGACGCCUCCGUCCUCGCCGGCGCGGCCCGCGAGGUGUACGAGGAGACGGGGCUGCGGGUCUCACGGUUCCGGGCGCUGGUCGGGGUGGAUGCGUGGGAGGUGGUGCGGGGGGAUGGGGUCCGGAAGGUGGUCAAGUUUACGUUUCUGGUGGAGGGGGAGGAGGUUGAUGGGCGGGUGGGGGUGGAGGGUCAUGGUGAUGGUGGCGGACGAGCCGGAGGGAUCAGGCUCGAGCCCACCGAGCAUGAUGCGUUUGUGUGGGCGACGGAGGAGGAGGUG